ACUCCGCGCAGCUGGGGUCUGCUUGGGUGUGGGCGGGCGGGGAGCGGGGCGGGAAGCAGCCGGAGGGCGUGGUCGUGGGAUCCCUGAAAACCCGUCCUCCUGCGAAGCGGAGGAGCUGGAGGCCGGCGCGCCCGGGGGUGCUGUUGGGAAGACUGAGGAAACUCCAGCCCGGCACUUGAAUCCCAAGACUGUUUGAGCCGUGCAUGUGCGGCCGGCCUCUCCUUCCCCGCAGGCGCGCUUGAGGGAUCCGGCCGCCAGCAUGCGCCGGCCGCGGGCGCUGCGCUCUGGCUGGAGCCUGCUGCUGGCGCUGGGCGCCGUCACCACGCUCGUGCUGCUCAGCCUGCACGCCAGGCCCAUGUCCUCCCUGCAGACCAGGAGCCCGCGGGACGCGCCCGAGACCACGCAGGCCCCCAAGACCCCGGCUCAGCCCCCCGCGCGCCCCCGGCCCGCCCCGUGUCUCCCCAACACCUCGCUGGCCGCGCACCCGGACUUCGCGGCGCAGCCCACGCACGUGCGUGACUUCCUGCUCUACCGGCACUGCCGCGACUUCCCCACGCUGCAGGACGCGCCCGCCGCCAAGUGCGCGUCGCGCGUGUUCCUGCUGCUCGCCAUCAAGUCCUCGCCCGCCAACUACGAGCGCAGGGACGUCGUGCGGCGCACGUGGGGCCAAGAGCGGCAGGUGCAGGGCCUGGCGCUGCGGCGCCUGUUCCUGGUGGGCACCGCCGCCCACCCGCACGAGGCCGCCAAGGUCAACCGGCUGCUGGCGCUGGAGGCCAGGGAGCACGGGGACAUCCUGCAGUGGGACUUCCACGACUCCUUCUUCAACCUGACUCUGAAGCAGGUGCUGUUCCUGGAGUGGCUGAAGGCCCGCUGCCCCAACGCCAGCUUCCUGCUCAACGGCGACGACGACGUCUUCGCGCACACGGACAACAUGGUCACCUUCCUGCGCGACCACAACCCCGAGCGCCACCUGUUCGUGGGCCACCUGAUCCAGGGUGUGGGCCCCAUCCGCUCGCCCUGGAGCAAGUACUUCGUGCCGCGCCUGGUGAUGGCGGCAGAACACUACCCGCCCUACUGCGGCGGAGGCGGCUUCCUGCUGUCCCGCUUCACGGCCCACGCCCUGCAGCGCGCGGCCUCCGUGCUGGACCUGCUGCCCAUCGACGACGUCUUCCUGGGCCAGUGCCUGCGCCACCAGGGCCUGCGCCCUGCCUCGCACAGCGGGGUGCGCACGGCCGGCCUGCAGGCGCCCUCCGACCGCCUGUCCUCCUUCGACCCCUGCUACUACCGCGAGCUGCUGCUGGUGCAUCGCUUCCUGCCCUACGAGAUGCUGCUCAUGUGGGAGGCGCUCCACAAGCCCGACCUGGCCUGCGGGCGCCAGACUCGGGUCUACUGAGGCAGCCCCGGCUCAAAGGACAACACCUUCCUCCCGGGAAGCCGAGACCUCGGCCUUCCUAGAUAAGCUGAGCCGAAGGUGGGCCAGAGAGAGUUGGAUGUGCAAGACCACACUAAUCAACUCCUACGCAUCCUUCAAAACCCACUUGAUACUGCUCACACUGUGCUCCCUAGACUCUAGGGCAUGGGAACCUCAGAAAAUGGCACCAGCACCUUGCUGAGGUGCGGAAUGACAAGCAGCACCUCUGCUAGGGACCCCGUGGAGGACAGCAUCACCUCCCAGGGCUGAGCCGAGACCCCAAGCUACUCCCGGAAAGCCAGGCAGAGUCAAUGCUGGAGUUCAAGGCCAGCCAAGACUCCAGGGUUCGCGGAAGGCUGAAGGGAGUAUUUUGGAGCCAGGAGAGAGGGGCACCGAGUCUCGGGUGACGAGGACGGGGUCUCACACCCGUCCCUGCACACAGGGUAAAGGGCUCCACUGGGGACCGAGGAGGGAGGGGCACGGGGCUGUCCCAUACCUGUGUCCUGAGGACACCAGGGAAGCCCUGGGCCGGGCGUCUCCACAGCCCCACCCCACGCAGACCCGGAGUCUGACUAAGCAGUGACCCGUUCCCCAAAGCCCGCAGGCACUGCGGAGACUGGGGGCGCUGGGCACGAGUUCUCAGGGAAUAAACCACACGUGCAA